AUGCCGGGGAUGCCGCGGCUCCGGCGGCGGGAGCGCUGCUGCCGCUGCCCGCCGCGAGUAGAUACGGCUGAAUGGAUCCAAUAUGGCCACUUCCUAGAAACUUCCUCCGCCUGUCGCAAGGCACCACCCACCCGCCGGACCGGGGGAACCGAGGGGACGGGCACCCCCAGGGCGGGUGUCAGCCUUCUCUCGGGAGUUCCCGCCGCCCUCACGGUUCGGCUGGGUGCAAGCCGGCGGCGGUGGCGGCUGUGCCUAGGAAGCACGGCGGGGGCGGCUGGCUACAGCGGCGCCCGCUCUGUCGGGGAGGCAGAGCACGAGAUCGUCCCGGUGGUGAGAUGGCUUGAUUUUCCGUGCAUUCUUCGCAUCCGGGCAUCCGGACAUUUGCCCCACCAGCAACCGCUGUCCGCCCGUCCGCCCGUCCCCUCGUGCGGUGCCACUACCCCCACCACCCGCCACUGCCCGGGCCGGGCCCUCCCGGCAGCGCCGCCCCGCGGGCGUGGCGGGACCAGCGCCGGAUCCGCAGCGCUCCCUGGGCGGGGCGGCUCAAGCACCUCCGUGGGAGCGGCCGCGGGGGAGGCGUUGGCCACAUCAGGUGCCUCCCGCCCGGGUGCCCUAGCCAGCCCCGCGGGCUCCUGGCAUCCUACUCCGCGCGGGGGCGGCGGCGGCGGCGGCUCCGCCACCUCCACCACUACCUGUGGCGGCGAGAUGGUGAAGCUCGACAUCAGCGCGGAGGCAGUGAUGGGCUUCCUGAGGGAGCGCGGCGGGCGGGUGCGCAACACCGAGCUGGUGAGCGCCUUCCGGCCGCUGCUGGAGGCCGGCGGGUCUGCUGCCGAUGCCGGUGCCGGGGAGGCGGAGGGGCGGGCGGCGCGGCGGGAGCGAUUCAAGGCGGCGGUGAACACCGUGGCCACGGUGAAGGAGAUCGACGGCGUCAAGUUCGUGGUGCUUAAGAAGCAGCUGCGCGCUGCCCCGCCGGCGGGGGACGAUGCCGGCGUCCCUGUCCCGAUUCCCGUUCCCGACCGGGUUCCCGACCCCGCCGGGACGCCCCCCGAGGAGUCGCCGGGGCCGCGGGCCGUGGCCGAGCUGCGGGGCUUGUUCCAGGGCGGUGGCGGCGGGGUGCCCCUGCCCAGCAGCGCGGGGUGGGGCCGGCGGGAGCCGCCGCCCAAGCCCUGCAUGCUGCCCGUGCGCUACGUGCUGCCCUCCCCCACCCCGGGGCCGCCCGAGGAGGCGGCCACCCCGCUGUCCCCCCCGCCGGUGGACGAGGAGGCCGGGUCCCGCUCGCCUGGGCUGCGGAGGGGACCCAAGAACCACCGGGCCAGCGAUGAGACGGUAGUACCCCUGGAACAGGCGGAGCACCAGUGGCUGGUGCUGGCGGCCGAUGGGCAGUGGACACAGCAGCUCCACGGGCUGCUGCUGGGCGACGCCAGCCUGGCGGCUCGCAGGGACUUCAUCUCCGGCUUCACCGCCCUGCAUUGGGCCGCCAAAAGCGGCAACUGCGACAUGGUGACCAAUAUCAUGCGAACGGCCGAGAAGGGCGGGUCCCGUGUCAAUGUGGAUGCCAGGUCGCAUGGUGGCUACACGGCACUGCACCUGGCUGCUCUACACGGCCAGGAGAAGAUCAUCACCAUGCUCGUCUACAGCUACCAUGCCAAGAUUGACCUGAGGGACUACAGUGGGAAGAAGCCGCACCAGUACUUAAAGGAAGGGACGUCUCUUACAAUCAGGCGUUUGCUGGGGGACCCCAGCCUUUCCCAAAACAUGGAGCACUCCAUGCCCAUCAAGAAGUCCACAAAGCUUGCGGCUUCAAUCUUGAGCUCCACUAGCACUUUCCUGGGAGUCAUAUCCGAUGACAUGGCUUUCUACGAUCUCACCAAAGGCUUGAGGAAGCCCUCGACUUUAAACAAGCUUCUGACUGCCACUACGGGCCCGAGGAGGAAGCCAAAGAUCAGAGGGGGGUUCCCUUCAUAUUCCUCACUCUCUGAGGCAGUGGAGGAGGAGGAGGAAGAGGUUGUCGUGAAACGCAGACCUGUUUCUGAGUUGUUCUUUGGUCACUAGCCUCUGCCUUACUGUGAUCAAAAUGGUUUAAUAGCAUGGCUGGUGUCUCAGCUUUCUCUUGCAGAAGCAGUUUGGAUUUUUUUCUCUCCGUGUCUGUCUUUUUGGAUGUUCAACUGAAUCAGUGAUAGGGUCUGCAUCCAAAGCCCACAGCAUGAAACCCAGCCUCAGGUGCUUGUGGAAAGGGAGUUGCCAGGAAGUGCUAUCCAUGCUGUAUGUACUAGUGCUGAUCCAUUGGUGGGGACAACAAACUUUGUGUUUAAUGGUUGAUAAACAACUUAUGUGUGUGUGAACAAGUCAAAAUGCCUGAGGGACAGCCUUCUUGAUCUGUGUUCUUCAGAUGGAGAGCAGAAGCGAUGUGAAGGUGCAUAUUUUACACUAUGAACAGCAAGGUGGUAUCUGGCUACUUUAACAAGGCUUGUUGUCUGACAGGAUUAAAUUAUGAGAGGAAAGAUGCGUAGUUUUCUAUGUUGUUUCUGAUUAUUUUAGUAGCACAAGAAGGAUAUUUCUAUUUAGAAAAAUCCUAUACUUUUUCAAAACAAAUUUUCUGACUCUGAGAUUUCUCACUCACUAUUUCACAUCAGAAAUGCUAACAUAACAAUCUUAAUUGUUGCCUGAUGCAUUUUAUUAGAUGAAUUACUUAAAAAGAUAGACCCUGAGCUUCAGCACUGAAGUCACUGUGACUUGUCUACCUCAGUUUGAAAUCUUGGCUAGUGGUUUAAGUAUUUGUCUCUUCCUGAAAGACUUUUUGACCAGGUGGUACUCACCACAUGUCUUGAUGAUACUGUGAACAUUUAAACUUGCUGUAGUUGAAUCAACUUAAGCUGAAUAAAAAACCUUGUUGAUAGUGAAAAACUGAACUGAAAAA